AUGGCCGAAAAGGCCGCUGCAUGGGCUGCGCAUGACAAGAAGAAGAAGAAGAAGGAGGUGGAGGAGGAGGAGGAGGAGGAGGAGGAGGAGGGCUUCCUUACCGAUAAAAACGAAAUCAGAUCCUUGAACGAAGACAUGAAGGAACUUCAGACGAAUGUGGCGCAACUACGAGCCAAGGUUGAUAGACAUGAGAGACAGGAAGCAGAGGGAGACCCGGGCGACGAUCGCGGCAACGAUGACAGCUCUUCCAGUAAGGAUUCAGAGGAGGGCCAAUACCUGCGAGAUGUAGAGCAGAUCUUCGAGCACCAGGCACAUGGACCGAGCGACGAGCGAAACGGCGAGACGUGGCUGUCAGACAUCAAUUUGGAUUCCGAGCAUAUGCAGUGGGAUGGUCUCAUAGAAGACAUGGCCAUGGAUAUCAUACAGAGUGCUGAUUAUGACGCAGCGGACGAAGAGUCUACCCAGAGGCUUCCAACAUGCCAAUGGUUUCAGAACACCCACGAGAUCAACGACGAAAAUAGCGACUACAGCCGCAGCGAUAACAGCGACAGAAUGAGCGGCAGUGAUAACGAUAUCAACGCUCGAACAAGAUCUGCACGAUAUACCUCCAGCUUUGGUCUGAUCGAUUCUUCCGGUGACGAGCACAGAGGUCUGGUUGGAUCAAACGCAGAGAAUCUUGAUGAUGCGAAGAAUCUUGGUAAUGAAGAGAACUUUGAUGAUGAAGAUGAGGAUAGCCAGCCAUCAGCGAAGAGAAUUCGUUCAUCGUGA